UAUCGUCUUUGUCAUUAAAGAAAAUGGCGGCCGUGUUAAGAGCUGUAAAUAAUGAGUGGUGUUGUUUUUCUGUGUUUUGUUUGCGUAUUAGUGACAAAAUGUAAUGCAUUAGUAAAGUGCUAUUAAGCGGACUUUUGUGGGAACUCUAAGUGUAAACAUAUUUUUGUUGGAAUUAUGUAAGAACAAGAACAAAACAUCGGUUGCAUUCAAUGAAUCGAGCUUCUUCGAUGCAUAAAAAUGGGAGUCUCCCAUAUAUUACGCCUUGUGACGACGAUUUUGAUGUUAUUGCGAUGUUUUACACUCGCUGAAAAUAAUGAAUGCCCUCAAAAAUGUGACUGCUUGAAACAGUAUGUGGAUUGUUCAAAAAAAAAUUUGGUAUUCGUGCCAAGAAUUCCUAAGUGGGUGGAACAACUGGACUUAAGCUACAAUAAGUUGAAUGAAGGCGUCACUGAAGGAUUGGAUAAGUUAAUAUCACUAAAGAUAUUAAAACUCGACAAAAAUGCGAUACAACGCAUUCCGAGUUUUAUUGAUCAACAUCAAAUACAAGAAGUUAGUCUAAACAGAAAUAGCAUCAUGUCAAUAGACAUCGGUCGAUUUCCGGCAAAUAGUUCAAUGAGAACAUUGAGUUUAAAUAGUAAUCAUAUUAAAGUGAUUCACGAUGGAGCUCUAAACAAUUUAACUAACCUUAUCACUUUAAAAUUGAACAAAAAUGAAAUAUUAUCAUUACCUAAUCAUUUAUUUAUGUAUCAAUCUAAUUUGAAGACAUUGGAACUCAAUCAUAAUAAACUUCAUGUUAUCAACGGCCUACUUUUUCAAGGACUCUCUAAUUUAACUGUUUUGAAAAUCAAAUACAAUAAUAUAGAAAACAUCAUGGAUGGUGCCUUUUUCGGGUUUAAAUCUGUGAAUUUACUACAAUUGGAUCACAAUAAAAUUAAAAGUAUAUCUAAAGGUUGGAUGUAUGGCCUUGAAUCUUUAACAACAUUAUCAUUGUCUAAUAAUUUAAUAUCACACAUUGAUAUUGGUUCCUGGGAGCUGUGUACAAAUUUAGAGGUCUUAGAUUUAUCUCAUAAUUAUAUAAUAGAAAUAGAAGGCCGUACUUUCCAACACCUUAACAAUCUCCAUACAUUAAAUUUAAGUAGCAACAAUAUAUCAUCAAUAUCACAGGAAGCUUUCAGUCAUAUUAUACAAUUACAGUCUCUUUACUUGAACAACAACAAAAUAUCAUGGACUGUUGAAGACAUGUCAGGACCAUUUUCAAAAUUAACAAAUUUAAUAACUUUUAGUUUAUCGGCUAAUCAUAUUAAAUCAAUAAGCUCUAGAGCAUUUGAAGGCUUAACAAAUGUUGUGGAAUUGGAUCUAAGAAACAAUAAUAUUACAUCGAUACAACAGCAUGCAUUUGAUUCUAUGACAAAAAUAAGAAAACUCCAUUUUAACACUUCAUCUCUGCUUUGUGAUUGUAAUAUUCUAUGGAUGGUUAAAUGGAUUAGAGAAAAAUUAGAUUCAAAAUUUGUCACUGCUACAUGUGCAUACCCAGCUGAAGUGCGCGGUACACUAAUAUCUAAACUUAGAGAAGAAAAUUGUGGUGAUUCACCUAAACCUAAAAUUGUGGAACAUCCAAAAUCACAUUUAGCGAUUAAGAAUCGCUCUGCAAACUUAGUGUGUUCAGCUACUUCAAAUCCUUUCAGCAAUAUGACUUUUUUAUGGAGAAAAAAUAAUGGCAAUGUUAGUAACCCUGUGGUCUAUGAAAAUGUUACUUUAACUAAUAAAGGACAGCAAGCUACAUCUGUAUUAAUGAUUCCUGAUGUAUCGCAUUCAGAUUCUGGAAAAUAUCAGUGUGUGGUAAGCAAUAAGUUUGGAACAACUUAUUCUUCAAAAGCCAAAAUGAAUAUUGUGACAUUUCCACGUUUUUUGAAAACACCCACAAAUGUUACAGUGAAAACUGGUGAAACUGUUACAUUGAAUUGUGCUGCUACAGGUGAUCCUCCACCAGAAAUAUCAUGGAAGAAAGAUGGUGGCAAUGAUUUUCCAGCAGCUAGAGAGAGGAGGAUGAAUGUUAUGCCAACAGAUCAUUUGUUCUUCAUAGUAAAUGCAAAAACUACAGAUAUGGGCAUAUACAGCUGUGCAGCAAAAAAUCCAGCUGGAACUAUCAUAGCAAAUGCAACAUUGACUGUGCUGCAGGAACCUUCUUUUAUAAGAGUACUAGAGAAUAAAGAGGUGACAAGUGGUGAAUCAGUUGUCCUACAGUGCAUGGUCCAAGGGUCUCCUACACCAGUAUUAAAAUGGUUUAAAGAUGGAACUCCUAUUGCACCAUCUGAACGUCAUUAUCUUACUGGUAAUGAUCAAUUGUUAAUUAUCAUUGGUGCCAAGUCUAGUGAUGCUGGUCAUUAUGAGUGUGAAAUAACAAAUGACUUGGGAACCAAAAAAGAUAUGAUAGAAUUGAAAGUAUUACCACCUGUUGCUAUUAUGGUUAAAGAGGAAAAUAUGACAGGUAUAAUUGUAAUAACGGUAGUAUGCUGUGCAGUCGGCACAUCAAUAAUUUGGGUUGUUAUAAUUUAUCACACCCGCAGACGUAUGGCAGGUGCUGUACGUAACUAUCCCACCGAAAGUGUGAAAAUGACACAAGUAGUGCAUAGUGACAGUGACUCGCCUCAUAUGUUCCCAGAUAAUAUAUCUGAACAUUCUUCUUGUAAGGAUAGUGGUACAGGUGACUCUGCAAAACAAACUAGUUUUGAUGGUGUGCCCACUGAUAGGAGUGAACAAGUGCAUUUUGAGACUGCUUUAUGUCAUAGUUAUUCCCCAGUGCCAGAAGCACAUAAGCUUCUACCUUCUUCCUUCAAACCGUCUAUUCAAGUGUGUGUAAAUACAUGUGUUACACCUGCUACUUAUAGUUUUUCUAGUCACAGUGGUAAUGUUUAAGUAUAUUAUGAUGUAUUUGUAUUAAAUUUUUAAUGAAUAUUGUUGUUAAAAACAUUGCAUUUUCACUAACUGUAUGCCAAUAUUUAUUCAUAGUUAUAAUUGUUACCUUUUUAUCUAUCUAUCAUAUAUAUUAUAUAUUAACAUAUAUAUACUAUUAUAACAAAGUGAAACUUAUGCAGUGCCUCAGUAUUUGUUGUUAGUGGAAAAGCAUUGUUCAUUAAUGUUUUAUAUACAUUUAUUUUAGUACAAAAUGUAAUAAACUUGCCAGUAUUGGUUUGAUGUAAAGACUGAAUGUCAUUCAUGUGUUUGUUUGAAUCUUGUUAUUUUCGUAUCUUUAUACUUAGGCAAUAAGUAAAUAUAAUUAGAAACUAGUUAAUAAGAUUUAUUCUAAUUUACAUAGUGUUAUUGUCAUUUGCCUUUAAUUUCAACUUUCAUGUGAUUGUAUGGUAGCUAAAUUGAAUUAAUGUUUGUUUUGAUGAAUUGUAUUAACAAUUUUUUUUUACUUGAUUUCCGUUCUUGAGCCUCUUUUGCAGUGCAGCUUUUUAAAAUAAUUUUUAUAUUGCCUAUAACAAAUAAUAUAACCAAGUAACAAUAAUUGAUAGACUUGAUUAAGAUAAGGAAUGUUAGGCUUAGAAAUUAUUUAAUUAGAGAAGUGCUGAGAUUAUACAAUGCAUAUUGACACAACUAGAAACUCAAAUGUAAAUUUCAAAUGUAAACAAAUUGUUGUAGUUACUAAUAACAUCAUAAUACAAAAAAAAAAUAGUACUGAUUUCAAUUUGCCUCAAACCUUAACACUUGUAACAUUCACUUUAACCAUUUAAAUGAAUGUUUUUAUUAUGAUGAAUAAUAUAAGACUGUUUUACUGCUUACACAUGUAAAAUUUAAAAUGUAAUGAGCUUACUAUGUAUGUAAUACCCAUUAACUGUUGCCUAUUCUUUCAAUUGAUAUAUAAUAAAAUUACCAUAAUGUCUUAUCUUUAGUUGUAAAAUAUAAAUAUGAGGUUAUUGAUUAGAUAAUAUUUAUUGUACAUAAUAAUUUGCAAACAUGAUCACAACAGUUGAAAAUAAAAUUAUUUAUACCAUUAACAGUAGCUAGAAUUCACUUGAAUUCUUAAAAAGACUUAAUUUUCCUUUGAAUGGUACCUACAUACUUUAUGUAAUAUGUAACAGAAACUUUCUUAAACUGGAUGUUCUCGAGGUCCAAAGCAAUUGUUUUAUGUAAAAGCUAUUGAAAUUUAAACUCGUUAUUCUUUUGUUGAAAAUUCAGUUUAUUAUAAUUACGUUGCGUGCGAUAUUAUUCGAUUAUUUCCAUUCAUUUGUUAUGCUGCUUUUUGUUUAUUCAUAGCCGUUUGUCUCUCUUCUGGAUAAAAUAAAAAGAAGAGAUAUAUGUAGUUUCAUUAUAAUAAUAAAUAUGUAACGCUAAAAAACACUUAAUGAGUGAAAUAAUAUCUCCCAACGCGUUGUAAUUGCAUUUAAAAAUAUUCAUAUCGCGAAAUUUGUGUUAUGGAUCUAAUGAAUACGCUGACGACGCGUUCUGAAAUUCAUAGAAAGACCAUAAAGAGAAAUUCGUGUCAUUAUUGAAAUGCUAUUCCACCACGACCCACGUAGAAUAGGCAUACUUGAAGCAAUUUUAAAUUGUCAUAUAAAAAGCUAAAGUUCCUUAUAAUAUUUUUGGUAGGUAGUGUAAGUAUAAAAAAUAAGCGAGGAGUCAAGAGACGAAUGUGUUAGGAUAACUCCGACCAACCGCAUCAGCCGAGAGUAUGCCAGAAUCAAUAUUUUAUGUAUUUUAAUUUAUUUGAACUAUUAAAGGCCAGCUUGUCGCAUUAUGGUAAGCUAAUUUAAGAAUGCGUCAUGUCCUUUCUUCAUUGCCGCUGUCUGUGGUAUUUCAUGCUUGAUGCAACGCAUCGUGAGCGUUAUCUCUAGAGCCAUAACACGAAUUUCGCGAUCUGGGUCUUUUACCGUGACUCUACGUGUAGUGAGGUAUUUCUAGGUCUUUGAGAGUAACUUGAAUAAAAUAUUUACAGUGCAUUCUCCCAUCACUCAUAAUUGUGAAGUUAACUGGAUAGUUCUGCCAAUAAGUCUGCUUCCUUUAGUCAAAUGCUUUACAGAGGAUUUUCACCUUGAUGUAUAUUUUAUUCGUCGAAACACUUCAGCAUGUGUUAUGUUGUUUGUAUAGUGUUUAAUUUUCAAAGUAUGUAUGGGCCUAAAAAAAUAACAUUACAAAGUAAAUAUGGUGCCUAUUGUAUACCACGAAAUCUGCAACGAAAAAAGAUCUAAAUCCAUAUAUAUUCUAAUGUAAACUACUUAACUUUCUGUAAAUGUUUAUUCUAAUGAUUAUUGCUUGAACAGUCGUCUUCAAGAUGCUUGGUACCUUUCUACAACCCUCUCAUGUAAAUAUAAAAUGGUAACAUAUUAGUAACAUACUGCUAUUUAUACCUACUUUAUAGAAUAAAAUAUUUUAAGCAAU